AUGUUAGGAGCCGCUGCCGACAUGGAUAUUGAUCCAAAUGGCCCUCCUAGGCCUGCUGCCACUACGUCUGCAAACCCUAGUGUUAACCCCUAUGAGACGGACCCAGAGAAAUUACCACAAUCAGAUCAAUUUCUGGCUCGACAUACUCACUACGGCCGAUAUCACCCCAGCUCCGACGACUUCAAACCUGACCAUAUUCACUGCCACAUAAAUAAUGACGAAUCGCGUCGCUACUGGGAAACGGUCCUUGCACAAUGCAAUGAGAAUACGCGCAUCAAUUCUCCAGCAGCUGGCAAAAGAGAUACAUUCGCACUGGGAAGCGUGAUAGUGAAAAGUGACCACAUGUCUACGGAACCCACUGGGGACUACAGCGUCGUGGAUGGGAACAUGGCGCAUGCCAUCAAGAUCGCAGAGAAAGUCCUACCAGAUCUUCAGUUGCCGCAGAUAUAUCUUAGGGCAAAAAUUAACGGUAGAGAUAUUCUUGUCCAGUCACGCAUUCCGGGGGUUUCUUUGGAAGUUGCGUGGCCAUACCUUACCAUGGUGCAAAAAGAAGACUUCAAGCAGCAGGCACGAAACAUAUUACAGCGAAUCGACCGUGUUAGAGACGGCCGUAGCAGUCCAUCGUACGUUGUCAAGGGAGAAAACCCAAAGGAGGAGCACCAGUUGCAGCAAACCGAAUACGACAUCCUCUUUGAAUCUGCCUCCACUUCAGAUAAGAAUUUAGCUCUUGCCCAUAACAACUUGAUCUCCUCCAAUAUAAUCGUGGAUAAUGACACCAUCAUUGGGAUCAUUGGGUGGUGUGAUGCUGGCUACUUCGGCUGGGAUCGAGCCAAAAAUGUUCAUUGCAGAGUCCGAUGCACUGGCUCUAGCGACACGUCCUCUGGCUUUGGCGGCGAAAACCCCCUGCCAGAUGGCUUUUGGCGCGAUCUUUACGAUUUUCCCGUUAAUCGUUCUGACCCCUCUUCCUUGGUUACCGGUAAUGUCAGCGCAAAGCUUGAAAUCAAGGCUGAGCAGCCUUCGCUAAAUCUGGAAAGUAUUCCCGGGACUUCGACAGCUGAUAACCCACUUCCAACAGGGGAAUCAUGGACACCAAGGAAGAUCACUGAUCUUAAACGAGAGUCCAUGUCCCGCGCUUCAUCCGCAGACCGUUCAUCCCCAGUACCGUCAACGAAAGCCGGAGGUACCGGUGUCGGAACGAAGAAGAGAGCUGCUCCGUCCUCCAAAAAGGGAACUACUACCAGAAAGCCUGCUCCCAAGAAGCGCAAACUGAACCAGAAUGAUACUGAGAGUGUAGAUGGUCCUGCCUCCCCGCAUAGACGGUCAGACACCCCGGUGUCUUCACGUGCAAGCAAGGCUCCGACUGCAAGGAGUAAAAAGCAAACUUCGUUGUCCAUUGGGAGUUCCCCGGCACCGGAAGCUAAAAAAGUUGGAAAAGCACAUGAAUAUCAAGAAGAAGUGGAUGAGGACGGUGAAGAGGAAGAUCUCUCUGAAGUAUUUUGUAUUUGUCGAAAGCCUGACAAUCAUACAUGGAUGAUUGGAUGUGAUGGUGGAUGCGAAGAUUGGUUCCAUGGGAAAUGUGUGAACAUCAACCAGGAAGAUGCUAACCUGAUUGAUAAAUACAUUUGCCCUGCAUGCGAAGCGAAAAAUGGAACCCACACAACUUGGAAACGGAUGUGUCGCCUCUCUGGCUGUCGACAACCAGCGCGUAUUUCUGGAGGGGCGAUCCCCAGUAAAUAUUGCACUGACGAGCAUGGUCGAGAGUUUAUGCGCCAGAAAGCAUCACUUUCAAGACCCGGAUCAGCUUCUGGACAUCCAUCUGCUCCUAACACAGCAGCAGCAGAUGGUCGAUCCAGUGGAUCGGUGACGGUUGGAAGACGUCGCCAGAAAUGUAUCCAACGUGACGAUGCGAAGGUAGAAGCAGCAAAUCCAGAACUUACCAAGUCAAACAACCGUGAUGAUGAAGAGGAGGAUGAAUUCGACUUGGAAGCAGACGAAGCUGAAGUAGAAAACGGAGAAACCGAAGACCUGGGUAGUAGAGGUGGCGUCCUUAGUAGGAGUGAUCUCAAAGCUGUAGUCAUGGGCGUUAAGUCAGCACAGGAAUUUCGUGGACUGGGUGACAACAUCCUACCUCCACUUGUUGCAGAGAAACUAGCUAUAUCUACGGACAUUGACGCAAAGAUAUCUGCUUCAUCCGGACCCAAAACCAACAACAUCAUAUCUCAGAUUAACGAUCAAACAGACCUGGACCUCGAGGCGCAUCAGAUCCAGUUCACUGCCAAUGAGCGCCAGCACAUUAAAAAUGUCCGCGACAGGCGAACACAGCUCCGCAACCAGCUCGACAUGCUCCGGGACCGCGAUACAUUCCUCACACUGAUUCGUCAGCGAGCAAAAACUAUCCUUGAGCUCCUCCGCCAGGCAGAUCCGAAAAGCGGUGCGUCAGCAUGGAAGGAUAUCUGCGGAUAUGAUUCACGCCUGUCAUGGUCUGAUGAUGAGUUCAAUGAGUGGAGAUUUUCUGAUGUUGGUAAGGAGGCGCUUCGUUCUGGGGUUCUUGAAGCUGCCGCUUCUGGAGUUGAUGGGAGCGGGGACGUUGAAAUGCAAGGUGCAGACGCUGGUGCGGAUGGAACUGAUAAGGCGGUUGAUAGGAUUGUUCGAGGAGUUUGUAUCAAGAAGCGCUGUGAGAGACAUAGACAGUGGGUUAAGGUUCAGCAGCAGGAUAUGCAUCAUGAAGAAAGGAUUGCGAGGGAGGAGUUGGAGAAAUGCGAGAAGGAUGCCAAGGAUGCUAUUGGGCGGGUUGUUUUGCGGCUUUACAGCGAUGAGGAUCGUGGGGAGCUUUCUAAUGAUAUUCCUGCAAGAUAA